CAGGCUCCAGAGGAGCUUAUUAAAACUCCUGAUUGUGGAUUAUGACUCUUUCUGCUUGAAGGGUGCAGACUGUAAGUGUCCUUAACACCUGCUGCCCGCUUCUCUACCCUUGUGUUCUGGGCGCGUCUGACUCCUGUCUGUAAACACCAAUAACUAGGUGCAUUUUGGAUUUAGCUGCAAGUUCUGAGCAUCUCUCUGUUUUCAAUGGCACAGAGCUGAGACUUAAUUUCCUCAUACAGUUUCCCUUGUUAACCACAGGAACUUAAUGAAAUUAUUGAUUAAUCAGGCAGUUACUCUGGCGUAUACAAAUAUAUCAGCAACGUCAUCUGCUCUGUGCUCCAUUUAGUUUUGGGGCUUAAAAGUAAAAUAAGAUGUACAAAAUAAGUUGGUGCCCAUCUGUUGUGCAGCUGUUUUUAUUUGUCAGGUCAAAGCACCCAAUCUCUGAUUGUCCUGGGCAGUUAAAGGCCUCUUACUGAACUUGCGUGAAAUGAGAGACUUGGCAAGGCAGGUUCCCACCUCAUCCGGCAGGGGCCAUUGUUCUGGCUGAAUGAAAAAGCAGUUGGCUGUUCCUUGCUGAGAGCUGCCAUCUCCUGAGAGAGACGGUAGUGUUUCUGGGGGGAAUUUCCCACCGUUGUGACCUUUUGACUUUGUUUUCAAGAAGUAGCCUUUGUUUAACCUUUAUCUGAAUCAGCUUUCUGGUGAAAAAUGUUUUUAACAGCAUUUGUCAUGCCUAGGAUGUUGUGUAGCUGUAGACCCAAGCUGAGACUUUUGGUCUGAGAAAACUCUCCCAGCAGAGUGUGGCAAGAUCGGCUGGUAUAGCAGUCCGGCUCUCCAUGCCCUUGGUACAUCUCCCUCUUGGCGCCGCCCAACAGCGAUUGUGACUUUCCUCGCAGGAAGCACGUGUUCUGCAGUAAAGGGAGGGGGCCCUCUUCCCUGCGAAUAGCAUUUCCUCCCAAAUUGGCGCUCCGUGAUGUAGGGAGGCUCACUGUAUAAAUAUGGCCGAGCUGUGGUGGCUCACGGUUUUGACCCACCGUCCCCAAUGAAGCAGGAGCUGAGCGACACUCUGAAUGCGGCCAGCAGGUCGCCACCCCCCCUCGGAGCCCGGGCGCAGCCGUGGGAAUGCGGAACCAGUCCCCAGGAUAGCCCCCGGAACUUCUCUCCCAGUGCUUCUGCGCAUUUCUCCUUCACACGCAGUCAUGGCCACAGACCUGACAGGACUGAUGGCCGACGCUGGUCCCUGGCCUCACUCCCGUCCUCUGGUUAUGGGACGAACACGCCCAGCUCCACCGUUUCGUCGUCCUGUUCAUCACAGGAGAAGCUGCACCAGCUGCCGUUCCAGCCCACUCCUGACGAGUUGCACUUCCUGUCCAAGCACUUCUAUACGGAAAGCAUCACCGGGGAUGACAGGCGGAGGGCUGUGCCCAUGCGCCCGCGCUCUCGGAGCCUGAGCCCUGGAAGGUCUCCGUCUUGCUGCGACAAUGAGAUCAUUAUGAUGAACCAUGUCUACAAGGAGAGGUUUCCUAAGGCCACCGCUCAGAUGGAGGAAAGGAUCCAGGAGAUCAUUCUGCACAACUCCCCGGAGAGCGUGCUGCCCCUGGCCGAUGGGGUCCUCAGCUUCGCCCACCAUCAGAUCAUCGAGCUGGCCCGCGACUGCCUGGAGAAGUCACGCCAAGGCCUCAUCACUUCCCGCUACUUCUGCGAGCUCACUGACAAGCUGGAGCGCCUCUUCCAGGAGUCAACGGAGCGUUCGGAGAGCGGGGAGGUGACGUUCAUCAAGGAGCUUGUGAAGAAGAUCCUCAUUGUCAUCGCAAGGCCUGCACGGCUCCUCGAGUGCUUGGAGUUUGACCCUGAGGAGUUUUAUUACCUUCUGGAGGCAGCAGAGGGCCAUGCCAAGGAGGGCCAGGGCAUCAAGACAGACAUCCCGCGUUACAUCAUCAGCCAGCUAGGCCUCACCCGCGACCCUUUGGAGGAAAUCGCACAGCUGGCCAGCUAUGACAGUGGGAUAGCCGAGACCCCAGAGACUGAUGACUCGUCUCAGAGCCUCAGCGCCGCCUUGAGAUCUCGACGCAAGCCUUGCGAACCCGACUUUGAGAUGAUGAAACUCAUCAGCAAUGGCGCAUACGGAGCCGUGUACCUGGUGCGACACAAGGAGUCUAAACAGCGCUUUGCCAUGAAAAAGAUCAACAAGCAGAACCUGAUCCUGAGGAACCAGAUCCAGCAGGCCUUCGUGGAGCGUGACAUCCUGACCUUUGCCGAGAAUCCCUUCGUGGUCAGCAUGUACUGCUCCUUUGAGACGCGCCGGCAUCUCUGUAUGGUCAUGGAGUAUGUGGAAGGGGGCGACUGUGCCACUCUACUGAAGAACAUGGGUCCGCUGCCCGUGGACAUGGCCAGGAUGUACUUUGCAGAGACUGUCCUGGCCCUGGAGUACCUCCACAACUACGGCAUUGUCCACCGGGAUCUGAAGCCAGACAAUUUACUGGUGACAUCCAUGGGCCACAUCAAGCUCACUGACUUCGGGCUGUCCAAAGUGGGCCUGAUGAAUAUGACCACCAACCUGUAUGAGGGCCACAUCGAGAAAGACGCCCGCGAGUUUCUUGACAAGCAGGUGUGCGGGACGCCCGAGUACAUUGCCCCCGAGGUGAUCCUGCGGCAGGGCUAUGGCAAGCCGGUGGACUGGUGGGCCAUGGGCAUCAUCCUGUACGAGUUCCUGGUGGGCUGCGUGCCCUUCUUCGGGGACACGCCCGAGGAGCUCUUCGGCCAGGUCAUCAGUGACGAGAUCAACUGGCCUGAAGGGGAGGAGGCCCCGCCCCAGGAGUCACAGGACCUCAUUACCCUACUGCUGCGACAGAACCCUCUGGAACGAAUGGGUACAGGUGGUGCCCAUGAGGUCAAGCAGCAUCAGUUCUUCCACAACCUGGACUGGAAUAGCCUGCUGAGGCAGAAGGCUGAGUUCAUCCCGCAGCUCGAGUCGGAGGAUGACACCAGCUACUUCGACACUCGGUCAGAGAGGUACCACCACCUUGAGACGGAGGAAGAGGACACCAACGAUGAGGAUUUCAACGUGGAGCUCCGUCAGUUCUCAUCCUGCUCGCACCGCUUCUCCAAAGUGUACAGCAGCCUGGACCUAUCCCGUGGGCAGCUGGAGGAGAAGAGCGAACUCGAGGAGAAGGUGCCUAAUGAAAGCCCUGUGAAUGCAGACUCUCUUAGCUGGACGCCAGAUUUCACAGACAUGCCCUCCUUGUCCCAGUCCUCAGACACACAGAACACAAGUCUCAGCAAGCUCCCCAGGUUUGCUAUCUCAGCUGAGGAGGAAAAAGAAUCCCCUGGACGAGGAGACCCUAGCAAGGUGACUUUCACCAUUGGCGGGCCGCCACAGGAGGAGCCUGAUGCCACCACACCAGAUGCCCUCAGUGGCUCGACGCUCUCUGGCAGCUUCUCAGAACAUCUGGACCAGCUUCACUCUCAGGCUGAAGGAGCGGAGAGUCCUGAUAACUCUAAAUCAGUAGCAGAGCUGGAGGCUCAUUCUGCCGAAGGGGCAGAGAAGCAACCGAAAACCACCAGCAAGGUGCCGAAGUCCGUGUCUGCCAGCGCCCUCUCGCUCAUGAUCCCGGGAGAUGUGCUUGGGGCAUCACCCCUCUGCAGCCCCCUGUCUCCCUAUUCGCUUUCCUCGGAUCCAUCCUCCAGAGACUCCUCUCCUAGCCGAGAUUCCUCGUUGUGUACCAGCAGCCCUCAGCAGCCAAUCAUCAUCCACAGCUCUGGGAAGAAGUUUGGCUUCACAUUGAGGGCCAUUCGAGUGUAUGCCUGUGACAGUGACGUCUACACAGUCUACCACAUGGUCUGGAAUGUGGAGGAGCGUGGUCCAGCUCACUCAGCUGGCCUAAAGGCGGGUGACCUCAUCACACACGUCAACGGGGAGUCCGUGCAUGGCCUGGUACACACGGAGGUGGUGGAGCUUUUACUGAAGAGUGGGAAUAAGGUGGCCAUUUCGACAACCCCAUUUGAGAACACCACCAUAAAGACUGGACCAGCCAGGAGAAACAGUUACAGAAGCAAGAUGGUGCGGAGGACGAAGAAACCCAAAAAAGAGAAGACCCAGGAAAGGUUAAUCUACAAUUUUUGGCAUGUAUGGCAUGAUUUCGAGGUCUUCAACUGGGCUACCGGCUCUCCUUCCCAUCUGUGCCACAGGCGGCGGUCACUGCUCCGGCGCUUCACCAUGCAGCCCUCUCCCCUCCUACACACCAGCAGGAGCUUCUCCUCCCUUAACCGCUCACUGUCCUCCGGUGAGAGCCUGCCUGGCUCCCCCACCCACAGCCUGUCACCCCGCUCACCCACGGCAGCCUUUCGCUCCACCCCUGACUUCAACCAGUCUGGUGGGACUUCAUCCCAGAGCAGCUCUCCCAGUUCCAGUGGCCCCAAUUCGCCUGCGGGCUCCGGCCACAUCCGGCCCAGCACUCUACACGGCCUGGGCCCCAAGCUGCCGGGCCAGCGGCUUCGGCAGGGCCGCCGGAAAUCUGCAGGCAGCAUCCCACUGUCCCCCUUGGCUCGUACGCCUUCCCCUACUCCCCAGCCCACCUCCCCUCAGCGCUCACCUUCCCCACUGCUUAGUCACUCACUGGGUAGCUCCAAAACAACCCAGGCCUUCCCUGCCAAAAUGCACUCUCCCCCCACCAUCGUCCGCCACAUGGCACGGCCCAAAAGUGCAGAGCCCCCCCGCUCGCCUCUCCUCAAAAGGGUCCAGUCAGAGGAGAAGCUGUCCCCAUCCUAUGCGGGUGAUAAGAAACACCUGUGUGCACGUAAGCACAGCCUGGAGGUGACUCAGGAGGAGGCCCAGGUGGAGCAGGCCCCCAAGGACCACAACCUGCCAAGUGUGGAGGAGACCUCCUGCGAGCCCCCGGCCAUCACACGAGUGCGGCCGGCUGAGCAGGGCUGCCUCAAGCGGCCCAUCACCCGCAAGGUCGGUCGGCAGGAGUCUCUUGACGAGCUGGACAAAGAGAAACUGAAGGCGAAGGUCGUGAUGAAACGGCAGGACUGGCCAGAAAGGCGAGACUCACUGCAGAAGCAAGACACCGUCCCAGAACCUGAGGCGAGCUGCACGCGAUCCCUGGGCAGCCCAGAAGCAGGCCCAUUAGACACUAAAGCACCAAGCAGCACCCUAAAAGAUGCACUGUACAAGAAACUAAACACACGUGUGUGUGAGGGCAUAAUUGACUCAUCGGGAAAGGGCAGCGACUCUGUGUCCAUCAUCAGCGAGGGCAUCAGAUCUCCCUCCACUUCUGGCCUUCAAGAAUGGAGCUCCCAGAAAGCAGAAAGGCAGCUGUCCAGGCAGGUCAAAGAGGGAGGCAAACCUGAGAGGUCUGAUUUCAAAGCACCUAACAUAGAGUUUGUUAGAAAGAAGCAAUCCUUUGAAGAGAGGGAGGACUGUAUAUGCAGGGGCCCUCCCACCAUUCACGAGGGCCUCCAUCUCACUGCCACGAGAUCCAAAAGCCUGCAGCUGGACUCUGGCAUUGUCCUGGGCCCAGGAAGUGCUGUGCUUACGGGUCCGUGCAUUGGCACCGAGGCACUAGCCCCCAAGCUGCUUUGCAGCAGGGGCGAGAGCGCCGUGGAAAAGCUCCAGAUGAUCUCAUCUACGGAGGGCCCCAUUCGGAAAACCACCUCGGAGUACAAACUGGAAGGCCGUCUUAUCUCGUCUUUAAGACCGCUGGAGGGCACCUUGGACAUCGGUAUGCUCUCCGGGCCAAGGGCUUCCAAAACCGACACCUGUCUUUCCAGAAUGGCAGACGGUCAAAGUAGCGGCAUAGCUUCCGGAGGCUCAGAGGGGCAGCCGAGCCGUGAGGAGAAACCAAUCCCAGCCCAGCAACAGAAAUCCUCUGAGAGGCAGAGGGGUACCUUUGGUGUGGUGAGCCAAGGAACCUCUGCAUUACUCGGUUGUAAGAAUGUCAUCAAGGAAGAGUCCACCGCUGAAAAAGUCAAUAUUGCACAAGCAGCGGUACAAUCCAGCAGCUCAAGUGACAAUCCCCAGUCUGCAGACUUUAGUCGAGCAACUAAGACAGAGGUUUCGGAGUCCAAUGGAAAGUUUAACGUAAAAGCCAGUCCAGCUCUGGUACAUGAUCUGAGGGCUGUGCGCCCCAUUACGCAUACAUCAUGUGGAAGAACCCCUUCAAUCAGAGAGGCCAGCAAUGAAGAUCAGGAGGAUGAGCCAGAGAAACCUCAGCAAACGUUGCCUUCCAAGACUGGCAAAUCUGAGGAUGCUGCAAGCCAUUCCCCCAUACCCAAAAGUUCUAAGCCAGAAAGUCCCAAACAGACGGUUUCUGCCGAAAAGGUAGUGCCAAAAGUCACUCGCCCAACUGAAACGACAUCUGUUCUUCAGCAGCCAGAGCCAGUCAAGCAGUGUGCUGCUGCAAAAUUGGUUGACCAAGGUCAGAAAUGUGCUGAAAGAGAUCAGCAGUCCGCAUCACAGAGCUCCCAGUUGACUCUGGUAAUACAUGGCAGCAGCAGUGUGAAACGAUCAGCUGCCGAGCAGUCACCAGAGCAGCCGAAACACAAAACAGGAGGUGGCCUUGCCAAGCCUGGCACAUCACAGCGCUCCUCUUCAGUUUCGACCAUUAGUUCUACCGAUACUGUCCGGCUUGCUGGUCAGAAUCCACCUGAGCAGCCCCGCACCAACAAAGUUCAGAGCACAGACAAGAUUCAGGCAGACUCUACCCCUUCAAAAGUAAGUAGUGUUUCCGUCAGUGUGUCAGGUGGGAAGGACUUGAGGAGCCCCAACUGUGUUGCAGACAAAGUGGCUGAAACCCGAGAGGCUGAUCCAAAAGGAGAAAAGAAAGACAGUAAAUCGAAGGUUGUAAAAAUUGAUGCCGUACAGGGGUGUGAUCCAAAGAAGGAAGAGGCUGCCUUGGGCAGCCAGCUGGUCGUGAGCGUCAUGUCGAAGCAGAAUUCUGGUCCCGGGGCGCCAAAGACAAAGUGCGAAAUGACUAAGACUGUAGAGCCUGAGCAAGAGUCACAGAAGCAUAGAGCAGUGGAGAAGGUUCAGCUGAAGCAAAAUGCCAGUAAGACAGAGAACCCUGGUAUGAAGAAGCACAGCGAAGUCAAAGCAGAAGUAAUGUCCAGCUCCAUACACACUGGGAAGUCAUCACAAUCUGGCAUGUCUGCUGGAAAACAAGCUCCCCCCAACGUCCAACCAACCCUCAAAAGUAAAGCAAGAGCAGAGACUGUGCCCGUUUCACGUUCAACUAACAAAGCAGAGGAGAAUUUAGGGAAUAAGUAUGAGGGGAAGAUUUCAGAGCCGCCAGUUAAGGAAAGCCCAAGUUUGAAACCAAAAGAACAAGCUCCUUUCAGCACGAGACUGCAGACUCCGAAAGACCCAGCAAAGCACAGCAACAUUCCUGUGACCUCCCCUUCAAGUGCUCCUCCUCCUGUGUUACCUGUGCCAGCAGAGACGAGGAAGGAAGCGUUAAGUCACAAAGAACCUCUUCUGGGCAAAGUCGGUGUCAACAACCAGGAUGAGAGGACUGUGCCUGUUCGCAAAGAGGAGCAGGGGAAGCAGCGCCAACCAGCGGUGAGGCAGGAGCUGCAGUCUCAGCCAGCCAACGCUACUGGGAGCAAUGCUGUGGUGAAAAACGAAGUGAGAUGCUCAGUGUCCGAAACCCGGCCCGGAAGUUCGGAGAAACCGGUUUCCACAAGGCAGGACACAUGUGAAAGUAAGAGAAAAGAAAGUGUUCCAGAGCAGACAUCUGUGGUGAAAAGUGGUCGCAAAGAUAUAUCAAAGACAGUGGCUCCUGCAAGUGAUGGUGCUCCUUCAGAAAAGGAUUCUUCUGCCCGAUGCAAGCCGACCAAGGAACCAGCACGCGGCUCUUCCCACAAAAGGUUAUAGGAGAUGCCGGAGGCCUUGUGAGGCGGGAAGCAAGGCUAGCAGUUUCUGUUUGGUACACAGUAUCAUUUUUAAUUUGAAGAACUGUUUCAUUCCACAUGCCUUCUACUUUUGAGAACCGGCGAAGCUGUUACCGCAGUGUUUCAACAGCAUGGGAUGGAAGCAUGUCCAUGUGCGUCAGUGUGCAUUGGGCUGGUUUAUCAUGCUGGUGUCGUCUGCGUGCGUCCAUGCGUGUGUAAAGGAUUUGCACUGAAAACGAUCCACAAAGAAUAUGAAAUGUAAGAUUGAAUGUAAGUAUCCUAAUUUGCUGCUGAUUUAAAUAAUUCACCAAAAUGUUUUUUUUUUUUUUUUUUUAAUGUUUCUUGCUCUGUGGUCAUAUAAGAAUUACUCUUCAGUUGAGGAAAAAAAAAGUAAAAUUGGUAUUUUUGGAAGAGGGUACGUGGUUUAUUUUUGUUGACAGUAGAGGUUUGUGCAAUCAGUAUGCCAGGGGUGUUUUGGGAAGGCUUUUCACUCUUAGAACACUUUCUGCCAAGUCGGGCAGUGCUGAUUAGCUGUCUUCAGUGCCCAUUAUAGUGAUCAAGACCCCCGAACCUAACAACUGUGUGUAUCCGCAGGCUAGGAAAGGUUUGAUCUGGUUAGAUUCAACAAGGUAAUGUUUCUGUUCAUUGACAGCUCAUUUGCCUGCAAACCACUGCCCCCCCCCCCCCAAAAAAGCAUUGUACCAUUGUCAGUGAAGGGGGAGGAAUAACUGAUUAUGUGCCAAGGAAUCCUCAUAGAACAAAGGAGCAGAAAGAGAAUGUCACCAAAAUUAUUAGAGUUGGUUAGAGUUCUUGGUUUCUUCAUUUUCUGAGGGAGAGCAUAACUUUCCUUUUCUUCGUUUUGUUUUGGGUCGUGGUGCACAGAAGGCAUGCACUGAGUACUGUGCUUCUAACCUAGAACUAUUAGAUAUGGAAUCAUCUUAUGGUUCUGAAGUUUCAUUGAGUCAUAUCUAUUGGAAGGGGCCUUAUGCUUUUGUGGGUAUUAAACCUGCUGUUUUUAGCAGGUUUGGGUGAAAAUCACAUUCCUUUCACAUCUCUUUACAUUUCUAGAAGUUUAAUUUUUAUGCAAAAUACUGUAAAUAUGACAAAACUGUAAAAAAAAGGGAGUAAUGGGCUUCAAACAUGAGUGUUUGUUUUAUAUGUAUAUAUUUUAUUAGGUUAUAUGUUUGUACACUUCAAGAGCUGUAAUUAGUUUGGUAUUGUUUUUGUCGGCUUUGCGGUUCCGUCUCGAAUAAGCUAAAAGCAGCACAUAUCUAAGAAAGGCAUAGAACAAGACAGGUAUCUCUCAAGUCUAAAAACCACACUAUGGGCUGUUUUUACUUGAAGCAAUGCAAAAUUAACAACAGAUUAAACGGAUAAGUCAUUUGAUUGCUCCCCAAAAAGAAGUGUGCUAUUCUGAAAUAAAAUGGUCCAUUUUGGAAGUGUCUUUGCUAUAACCCCUGCUGUUGUCGCUCUAAACGUCUUCAUAAAACUCUGUGUAAUACUGUGGAACUGCAGAUUUUAUUUGCAAUUUCAAAUUGAAUUGUAGGAAAUGCUUCUGGGAAAACAUUUUUUUCCGAUUCUAAAUUACUUGUGGGUAGGGGAGGGUAGCGCGCUUGCUCCAAAGCAUACGCAAAAAAUGUAUAAGAAUAAAAUGACCAGCUUCUGUAGUGCACUUCAAAUUUUUGGCAUGUGCGUAAAAGGCCUGUGUAGAGGCAUUUGGAACUGGCAGGACAAUCAGACAGGAGAGUUGAACCUUUUUCGUCCAUCAGCGUGUUCUUUAAUUCCUGAAAUGCAAUAUUGCUGGGGGGAGCCAAAGUUUUGUUACAGAAUUCAUAGACAAUGUGGAUAAAUUAUUAUUAUUAUUUUUUUUGGCUCAGUGCAAACUGAUAUCUGCGCUUGGUCUAGAGAAAAGGAUACGCAUGCAGUACAUGUAACCUUCCUUGAUAGUGGCACACUUGUAGUUUAAGAUACAAGUUAAUGGGGUAAUAAAAUCAGUUUCCUUUGUCUAGUUGUAUUAUAAGUAAUGUAACAUUUUUAGACAUUUUAGUCCUGUCCUCAGCCUAUGACAUGCACACAGGGUUUGGUAAGCGACGGCAAGCGUUCCAAGUUUAUAUUUGUGCAAUUUUUUUAAAGCUCAUUUUGUCAACCCAAGUGUAACGAUUCUCUGUAAACCAGCUAGAAAAUGAACAACUUCUCUGGCUUUUUCCCCCUUAAACAUGAUACAUGUGAUGUCCUGUGUAGAGUAGGUUUUUUUUUUCUUCAUUAUGGAUGUCACCAAUUGCAAAAAAAAAUAAAAUAAAAAUUAAUUAGUUAUCCUUCAAGGCUUUAGAAGGGGUAAUAUGAAACUUUGGUGUCGUAACUUUUAUCCUCAACCAAAUAGUGAGAUAACGUAAACAUUUAUACAUUAGUGCUUUCUUUAACAACUAAAUAUUUACUGUAUCUUAGAAUAUAUAUAUAUAUAUAUAUAUAUAUAUAUAUAUAUAUAUAUAUAUAUAUAUAUAUAUAUAUAUAUAUAUAUAUAUAUAUAUAUAUAAUAAAAAUAUACACACACGUACACACACACUGUCCAACCUGAGAAAAAUAGCAUAGGUAUGCACAAUGUAUAAAUACCAUUCAGUGAUUACAGGCAUUUUAAAAUUUGAUAUUAAGAUCCAUUUUACUGUUUGUUUCAUUGGACAGAAGUUAGGAUAUCUUUGCAUUUUACAACUUGUAUUCUAAAAGGCUGGGGACAAAAUGCACCUUAAUCAACACCCACCACCUCACCACACCCCUCAGCUACAAGGAGUUCAACAUUUUAAGAAUAAAUAUCGAUUUAGGAAAAACACAGCAAAGCAGCAUACAUAGAUGAAUCGCAGAUGUUUGAGCGAUGGAGCACUUCCAUGGCACAUCCAUGCCACCUCCUACAAAGCUGACCAGUUUGAACCCUAAAAGCACAUUGUCUGUUUACAGAUGCUUCAUGGAUGUAUAUUUUAUAUAUUGUCUUUAUUCAUUUGCCAAAACUGUGUGCUGCAUCACAGAAUGUAUAUGGUAAUAGUGUAGUGUUUGCCUCAUCUUCCCUGCUGUAAAAGACUGUUGUCCUAUAUGAUAGCCAGUUCAAGUCUGUGUAAACAGUUUGUCGAGUUCUCGAUGGCUUUCUCAUUUUUUUGUUUAUUUUUUUUCCUUCCCCUGUGAACUAAGUAUUAGAUAUAAAUGCUUAAUAAGAUUUGUCUUUAGGAUAUGUGCAAUAAAAGUGUUUGCAUUUUGUAUUUCACCCAUGGAAAGCUCUGUGGAUGUUAUAGAUGUAUAUUAAACAGAUAUUUAUACUUCUAAAGUUGCAUAACACUAAAAAUAAAAAGCAUGGCAAGAAUGUUCA